AUGGAUGAAGAGUGCAGCGACUUGCUCUUGUACAAGAAGCAUUUGGAGGUGAUUGGUCCAGAAGUUCCAGAAGGUUUCGGUCAGAUCUAUGACCGCAUAGAUGCCUCGUAUCUCAAAGAGAUUCCUGGCGUGCGCCAGAAAAUGGCCAAUUGCGGCAGGUGGGCAUUCCUGGGACGCAGCCCAAUUGGAGAGGGCCAAGGCAGGCCGUACCUAUGGAGGCAACACCAUGAAUGGAAGCUGGCAGUAGUUGGCGAAGUGACGUCUAGAUACCACUGCCAUGCUCCUUCAAUGCCCACUCUAGCAGGUGCGUUCAGCCCAUGGAAGCGGCACAAAUCAUCCACACCAGUGGACUUCAAGGUGAUUUGGCGGGAAGGAUUGGAGGAAGAGGCAGACCUGCCAGCUCCUAUCCAGCCAUCAAGCAAUCUCAAGCUGUGUGAGAACAAGAUGCAAGAGCUGUACGAAAGAGGUUACACCGUGCUGCGGGGCGUGGUUGGGGCAGAGGAGGUGCGGCAAGCGUUGAGGCUGUCGGAGCUCCUGAUCCACGCCCUGGCGGCCGCCGCGCUGCACGCGGCGCCCGGGUGGAUCAGCGAGGUCCUGGCCCCCGGCUGCGAGGGCCACAACCUCCGCGUGCGCCUGGCCAAGGCGCCGGAGUUCGAGAAGCUGCUGCAGCCCCUGCUGCCCUUGGCCCGGCAGCUCUUCCAGGAGAGUCCAAAGAUCCCUCACGCGUGUCAGCUGGCUGUGGUGCCGCCUGACGGCCGGCCGGGAGAACCAAAUGAAGGUGGCGAUGACACGAAGCAGGAGUACCACUUGGACGGAAGGGGCCAGCUGCCGAACAACAUGGCGCUGCUGCUGGGUGUGGGGCUGACUGCGCUCCCGCCAGCUCACUGCAAGUCCUGGGGCGCCUUCGCCUGCCAUCCGGGGUCCCACCGUAACUCGGCAUUGCACCGCCAGUACGGGGACCAGCACAAAGGCCUGGUGGCGCCCAUGGACCUGGGGGCGGCGGAGCACGUGCGCUGCGCCCCCGGGGAUGUGAUGCUGUGCCACCCGCUGCUGGCGCACCGCCGCUCCGAGAACUGGCGCCUCGGAGAGCUCGGGAGCCAUUUGACCAAGGAGCUCCCAGACGAGAUUGCAGGUGUACUUCAGGACCCUGCCUACUGUUGGGUGCCCACCGAGAUCCAGAGAUGCAGCGACUUGGUGGAUGGGCAUCAAUGGAUCACCUCCUUCGAAGAAAAGCUCAAAGCUCAGCCCGAACAAGGCGCUGGCAGAUCCCUCAGAUCUCUCAGAGCCACACUCUCUGAGGGAGACGCGCCACAGUUCUGGGGCCCCACUCCCCCUGCCCGCAGCCGCAACCAAGUGCUGCGUUCGAUGCAGCCACCGGCGACAAAGGUGGUUUUGCCCACCAAGCCGGCCACAGAAGUGCUCUUCUGGUUCAACGUGGGCCCAGGCCGUGACAAUCGCGACAGGGUCUACGUGACAGAAGCGAGGUGCCCACAUCAAGGGAUGUGCCUGAUGUCUGCGGAGCUCAAAGACGUCGAGGAUCUUGCUGACAACCGCCGCGGCAUGGUGCGCUGCCCUCAUCACAACAAGACCUUUGACCUUGCUACCGGAGAGUCUCCGGGCAAUGCUGAGACUCUGAAGACCUACCUUUGCAGAUUCGAGGGAGGUCGAUUCUAUGCCAAAGAUGUCGAAAUGGUGGAUGCAGAGCCUGACCAAAAGCGAGCGCGCUUUGACGCGCUGCCGAGUCCAGUCCUCAACACAGUGCGUACGAGCCGCAUCCUGGGGCGAAAUCGCACUUUGGGGUAA